AUGUCAUCAGAAACGAAGACUGCCAGUAAUACGACUACGCAGCAGACGCAGCGGACGAAGACUGGCUGCCAGAACUGUCGACUGAGACAUCUGAGGUGCGACGAGCAAAGACCUUCAUGCGCUAGAUGCCAAAAGUCUGGAAUUGAGUGUGUCAGAGGCUAUAACAUCAGAUUUCGCCAUGGCGCCAAUCCCACUGUUGCGAACCUCACCGGCUCUGGUCUGGCGAAGACGGAGUACGACUUUAGCAAGAAGCAGACCUGGGUGAAGACUGCUAGAAGCCUCACCUUCCUCGACGAGACUCCGGAACUCAUCAACAUCUACGAUUAUGUCCUGGAUGAGGACAACCCCUAUCCAACGCCUUUCACUUGGCCAGAGCCUGCUGCUCACAACCCGUCACGACCACCUCCACGUCAAGAAAAACCACACUUGGCGCCAGAAAAGGGCACACAAUCUGGCGAGUCGCCUUCGGCCGCGAGUGGUCCAGCGACUUCACACUUAGACGACCGUCCAGAGCCUCCGCAGUAUCCUUGGCCAGAGACCACCGGCCUCACACCUCAGCAGAGCACUGGUCUGACACCCACACCACUUUCCGAAAAGCAGCCAUUUACAAGCCCUGGUGCCGAGAGUCAGGCAUAUUCUGAACGACUACCAUCAACAGAUGGUCCCGAGACCUUACCGUUGUCAAAGCGUCGACGACUUACGCACGAGAGUGGCUACCCAAGCUCGACAGCAUCCGGCAGCCCGAUCAGUCAUCUUAAUCAUCGGUCGCCUUCCGACGUCUUCAAUCAUCGUUCGUCGGCCGACUCAUGGCAUACGGGAUGGACUCCCACUGCUGGCAUGGACCAUGUCACGUCCAAUCCAGAACUAGAUCUAUCCUCGUUCCCUGGGCUUGAGAACGGUGAAUAUGAUCCAUUGAUCUCGAACAAAUACCACCAAGAAUGCUUGAAGCACCUCAUACCCAUGCUUGACGACACAGCGGCCAUAUUGGACGAGAACCUGUUGGCAUCGACGAUCAUAUUACGACAUCUCGAAGAGCUAGAAGUCCCGAUUUCUGGGCAGCUACCUGCGGAUCAGCACAGCCAUCUUCUCGGUGCGCAAGCCUUCAUCCAGGCACAAGAGCGCGCUGCGGUCACAGGAGGCCUUCGGCAAGCGGCAUUCUGGGUAGGACUGCGUCAGGAGGUUUACGUAGCUUUCGUGAAUCAACGACCAGUCUUGCCUGCAUUGGAGCAUUGCAACGUGGACAGGUCCUUCGAAGCGGCCGAUGAUCACAUUUGGGCUUGUCGCAUGGUCGUACUCUGCGCCGACACUCUCCGCUUCUGCUUUAGUGAUGGUCAUCACACCGUGAGCAACUACAAGUACCUCGAGGAACAGGUGCAACAGUGGUGGACGACAGAGUCAUUAUCCUUCGUAUACCGUGAGCCCGAGGCUGAAGAAGCAUUCCCAGAGAUAUGGUACGUGGCAGACGAGCACGCCACCGGUAUUCAGCACUUCCAUCUAGCUAGGAUUCUCCUGGCCUCCCACAACUCGAGCAUACCGCGGCUGGGUCUAGGCAGGGCAUCGGCACUCAGAACCAUGGAUAACGAGAUUCGGAAGCACGUUCGCAUCCUAUGCGGGAUGGCUCUCAGCAACCCGAACAAUGCUCCGGCUUUCACCUACGGGGCAAUGGCUUGUACCAUGGCGGGUGACAAGUUUGAUUCUCUCAUCGACCAACGAGCAUUGUAA